AUGACCAAAAAAAAGAGAAACAAUGGUCAUGCCAAAAAGGGCCACGGCCAUGUACAGCCAAUUCGCUGCACUAACUGCGCCCACUGCCUGCCCAAGGACAAGGCCAUUAAGAAGUUCGUCAUUCGGAACAUCAUAGAGGUGGCUGCCGUCAGGGACAUAUCCGAAGCUUAUGUGCGCCCCAAACUCUAUGUCAAGCUGCAUUACUGUGUGAGCUGUGCUAUUCAUAGGAAGGUAGUCAGGAAUCGAUCUCGGGAAGCUCGGAAGGACCAAACACCCCCACCAUGGUUUAGACCUGCUGGUGCUUCCCCAUGA